AUGUUGUUCACGCCUGCUCAGGCUUACAUGCCUAACAGGCAUCGCCAGCGGUCAGCGCUGAGGACAUUUUUCCCGUCUUCAUCGUUUAGCCCGCCUGAUCCGAAGGAGCCUCUUCGCAGAGGGAUUUUGUUCUCCACUGUGGCGACUGUGCUGCUUCUGAUUGGGACCAUUUUAACUUGGCUCGGAUUUAAUGAUGUAUUUGGUGGCAAGAUCUCCAUGACCGGACCCCUACUGAUAGCUCUAGCACUUCUCAUGUGGCUGUUGUCUCUGAGACAGUUUAUGCUUGUCCGUCGGAGAAACCGGACUAGGAAUGAACCUGUGCAGAUGGAAACUGUCAACACAGGCGGAGUCACCGCAGUCGUCGACCAUGAUGAUGGGAAUGGUGCUGCCACCAUUGUCAUUGAAGCAUGGGACAGCGAGGAGCCCAUUCAUGACUUCAUCAAAAACAACAACGAUCUGGCCCCACCGUCUUACAUGGACAUAGCUCAAAGCUGCAGCAGUAAUUGUCCUAGUUUUAUGAGCCAUGAGGAUCACAAUGAGGCCCCUCCGACAUAUGAGGAGACCUGCGGCAUGUACAACAGUUAUACCAGCUUGAACAUCUGUCCACACCAUGGCUCUUCACAUUUGGAAAGUUCACCCUCCCCACAGUUGAUCAGCCACUCAGGGUAUCAGUUUUUCACACAUGAGCCCACAGGCAAUCUCAGCUCUGAGAUGUGCCCUGAAUCAGAACAGGCCGAACAGUUUGUUACGACAUUAUAUCCUGCGGCUCGUACUAAUCAGUGUUUCAGUCAUGAACCAGCUAAAACAACAUGCUGUGAACACAAUGCUGCACAACCAGCGCUGUGUAACACUCCUGGUGUUACAAGCAACCCGGCCAGCCAUAGUUUACAUUUUCUGGCAUCUAAACCUGGAGCAGACCCGAACCCAGCCUCGUGUGCAACUAGCAGGCAGCCUUCUGAAUGGUCGCGCAGGUCAUUUUCCUCGAUUCCCUCCUACACCUGCUUGUUGAGCGAGUCUGGAGAAGUAUCUUCUCAUGUGUAUGACACAUCCUCGAUCAUCGAAGAAAUGAUGCCUCUGCUGGCAGUUCAGGGAAAGACCAGAGAGCCAGAGUGUGAAGACACCAUAAUUCCCACACGCUCCCACUCACUGACAUCAGUUAACACAUUUCGUCAGGGUGUCCCGUACAUUACAGGUCCACAGACAGGAACUGGCAGCCCAAGAACCAGCACCGUGCCCUCUCCACUAAUUCAUGGCCAGCAAGUUCACUCUGGAAACUUACUUCCUGUCACAGGUCCACAGACAGGAACUGGCAGCCCAAGAACCAGCACCGUGCCCUCUCCACUAAUUCAUGGCCAGCAAGUUCACUCUGGAAACUUACUUCCUGUCACAGGUCUACAGGCAGGAACCAGCAGCUCAAGAACUGGCGCCACACCUUCUCCGCUUCUUCACAGCCAGCAGCUUAUUUCUACAGACUUACUUCCUGGGUCAACGUAUCAUCAUAACAUAUCUGAUAUCUCCUACAAGAAGCCAACAGCUGAGUCUCUGCUGGUGCCAGGACACAAUCAAAAUGUGACAGACUUACUGACAGAACAAUCUCCGCAGGCGCGUGACCCUGCUCAGUUACAGUCACUUCCAGUUCAGACGAACUCUUCAACAUCUUCUAGUCCCUUAUCUUGGAAUAUUUCCAGUUCGGAAGAGGUCAGUGAGUACGGACACUUGUUGCCCCUUCAAGAGGUACGGUUAGAUAUGCACUGUAGACAGAAGCCAGGAAAUAUCACAACGACCUUGCAGGACGGCAGUUAUGCACCAGUGACCUUUCUGGAUAGCAAAUGUGCAGCAGCAACCUUUCAGGACAGUAACAGUGCAUCAGUUAUUGUUCGUAACCAAAAUAAUACACCCUUACAUGAUUAUAACAGUGCGUCAGCAAAAUAUCUUGAAAGUAAUAGCGCAUUAGCCAGCUUUCAUGACAGUAAUAGUGCACCAGGGACAGUUCAUGACAGUAAUAGUGCACCAGGGACAGUUCAUGACAGUAAUAGUGCAACAAGGACAGUUCACGACAGUAAUAGUGCACCGAGGACAGUUCGUGACAGUAAUAGUGCGCCAGCACGGAGUAUGAUAUCAAACACACAAGAUGUUCAAGAAACCAUUUAG